AUGGUCACAGCUUCAAAGAAUGUGGUAGAGCCAGUGUUCAUUGUCCUCGCCUUCACUGCAGGCUGUCUCAUCAACAGACGAAAAAAUACCCAAGUAUCAUACAAUGAAUCUCCAGAAGAUGUCGAGACUGGCCAACGAUACAUCGAUUCGCCGACCCUGAAGCCAGCUCUACUGCAAAACGAACGACCGGCACGCAAAGCCCCCAACUUGUUCUUUGUUCUUCUUUCACGUUUCUUCAACACUUUUCCUUUUCUAAUCGAGAUUUGGUACUGGAAUUUGACAUACUGGAUAUACCAAGGCCUUCGAGCUUUCUCAGCCAGAACAAUCACUGGUAACAAAGACAUCUUCGACCGCGCAAGAGAUCACGCUCUUCAAAUCCUCCGCCUUGAAUCCUUCUUCGGUCUCGAUAUAGAGCAUAACUUCCAGACAUACAUGAUGUCCGAACAACCUUGGCUCAUGUCCAUCCUCGCCAAGAUCUACUACUCCCACAUCAGCGUUGGUAUACUCUUUCUUAUAUACAUCUACACUUAUCUCCCCCCUUCGACAUUUCAACGAAUCCGUCGCACAAUCGCAGUCGAUAAUGCAAUCGCUUUUGUCAUCGUUACCCUCUGGCGCUGUUCACCUCCUCGCUUACUCCCUCCCGAGUACGGCUUUGUCGAUGUUUUACACAGUAAAGCUAGUAACUUCAACGUCUGGAACAACAAUAGCUUCCAGUUGACCAUCGCUGCGAUGCCGAGUUUACAUUUUGGAACAUCACUCUUCUUCGCUGUGUGCAUAUGUCGCUUUUCUCCGCAUCGCUUCAUGCGCAUACUCGCUCCUCUGUGGCCUGCUGCUAUGAUCGUCACGAUAGUUGCAACUGCGAAUCAUUUUCUUACAGAUGCUUUUAUUGGAGCUCUGGUUCCUUUACUUGGGUGGCGUAUUAAUCAGGCUAUUCUUGUACUCAAGCCUAUUCAGGAUUUCGUGUUUGCGCCGUUGGUCAACAGGUUGGACCUGAUCGAUUCUAACGUCCGGACUGUUCCAAAGACUUUGUAA